GCCUGCACGACGCCUGGUGUAUGUCCUUUUGUCGAAGAAGGAGAUACAGCAACUUUGUACCUUAAAUUUAACCAACUCAUCAUACAACACCAUCCUAGAGCAUUUUCUAUCAUGUUCGUGUAGUUUUCACGGUGGUGAAAAAAGAAGUAGGCACAUUAUGGAGUGAAAGCAGUGCAGCGAACUGCGCUGGCGGACUGGUCGGUCCUCACGCCAAGAGGAUAUUAGAAGAAGACCCCUAGCAUCGUCAUCCGGAAAUUCGAGCAUCGUUCAAUGGCAUAACCAACAUCAGCUGCAGUUUGAAGAGUUUUUCUUCUAGUGCAAUAUUUUUAAAAAAGCAACGGUUCAAUAUUCGUUAGCCUAAAUACGACGUCUUUCCUUCGGCUGAGCUGUGAUAAAAUUUAAUUCGGGUAUGAAAAGCAGAUCCCCGAGCAGAGCGCGUAUACAAUCGUGAAAGCAUCAACAGACCAGCGUCCACAGUAAAGGUACGCUUGGCGUGAUGAUGAAAUAGAAGAAGCGUUUUGUUUUGUGUAAUCAAGACAAGCUGCUGCUCGUUCCUGCGCCCAGUUGUAUGGUAGGAGUAUUGUGAAUUUCAUCUCUUCGAAAGCAUCACAAAACUUGAGCUGCGCGUCGCACCGACUCAUAACGGAUUUCGAGCUUGAACAAGGUCAAAAAGUGACGCAUAAUUUGGCGUUGGAAACAGCGUACAGUGUGUGUUGUCAAGGGUUGCUAUGACCCAGCGGUAGAAGCAUUGUGCAUACAAUUAUCCCGAGGAAAGCAACCUGGAUAUCUGAGAAGGCUAGUCAAGCAUCAUCUAUUCCUCCUUCCUACGGAAAAAGGAUCCUCUUUUGCCAUACUCACGCACACUGACGCCUUCUCUGGGACGCACAAACAUUGUGCUCACUGUCAGCUGUAGCUCUCCAAUACCAACAAACGCGAGCACCAUAUCUCGCUGGGAGAGAAAGCGAGACCAAGCGAUUGUCGGUGGGACAGAGAAAGCUGAGUAAAACAAACAGCGGACCGUUGUCAGAGCCAAACAAAGGGCACGACAUACAGUCGAGCGCGCAAGACGAACGGACAUGAGCUACAGAGGAGCAGCAGUAUAAGCAAAAGCUUGGAGCUCCGUUUCCAAAACGACAUCGCAGAGCAAGAUUGAAGAUGGUCCGCGUAGGUGAAAGCUGAUAAUAUAGGAGACCCUCGGACCAACGAAACAACAAACAUCAUCUGUGAUAUAUGCGCGCGUCUGCCCGUUUUAAGUGCAUUCCCCAGGCCUCGAAUGAGGGAAAAGUGUGACAAAAGCUACAACGGCCACAACAAGGAAACACAAGAGCGCCCGACGACUGACGGCGAUAUGCGAUAGUGUAACUUAUUUGCCAGUUUUAUGUAGUCAGCAAGGUGUAUAUUUUAAAUUAUUUUAACGUCGCGUGUAUGUGCAUAUAAAAGUAUAUCUGUUUUUACUACGAUUACAUUAAGAGUGAUCGGGCUUGAACACUAUUUCGAUCGAGCGGACUCGUAGUGUGCAAGCAAGGUGUAAUAUUUCAUCACUAAGAGUUCAAGUCAACGCUAUGGAGGAUUUGUUUGCAUUUCUGUAACACAACUCCGCAAUCUCCGUCACAAUAAUUCCAAAGAAACGUUAACAUUAGUUCAUCUACACCUGACACUGCGUUGGCGCGUUGCGCAUUUUCAACGGAUUCUGCAACGGAGGACAAGCGAAAUAUUCAACUCAUCUGACGCAACAUAUUAAAACGACGAUUUCUAAAUAUGAAAAUUGUCAACUAUUAAAAGCAACGCCUGAUCAUCCCCGUCACGCACACAACGCAGUCGCUAGCUGUGGAGAGUUUCGCGAAACGUCAGUACGCUGGUUGCGUCGGUGUGCGUGCCUGACCGAGGUUCGUCACGACGAAGUCUCCACAAGUUCGUCAUUGUAGAAUCUAACACCGAAUUGAAUAGUUCUUUUUUGCUGGACACUGGGGUGAAACAAAAGUGAGCCACAAUCACGGAAGCAUCCGGGUACUAGGCCAGCCCUCAGUAUGUCUGUCCCUGUGCGCUGCUACUCUGUCGAUAGCAUGAACAACAUCGACCAGCAGCCCAUCGGCAUCGGCGGCCACGGUCUACCCAGCUCCUCCUCCUCCUGCGGCAUGAUGAUGAUGAUGGAGGACGACUGCGGGGACGACCACCGGCCAAUGAUGCGGAUGAGCCCAUCGACGACCGUUCAUGGCUCCGACCGGGCGAUGCAUCACGAUCAGCGGAUGUCAUCAGAGGAGGGCCGGCUUGGGACACCGGAUGCUGCUGAUGGAGUUCUGUUGGCGCCACUAGACGUCGCCACCGGGAACCGCAGCGGCUACAACCACAACAACAACAACAGUGCCCAUUCGUCGCCAGGAGGCGGUGGAAGCAACAGCAGCUGCAGCAGCAACAACAACGCCGCUGGUUACUAUCAUUAUCAGCCGCAGCAGCAACAGCAGCAGCAGCAGCAAAAUUACCACCACCAACACCUGAUGAUGAUGGAUACGGCCGCCGCGGUCGGUGGCACGGGCGCCAAUCAUGACGAUGGCCAAGACCUAGCUGGAGCUGCCGGGGCAGCGGCAGCGGCUAGGUACACCUCACCACAACAGUCACCAACUCACCACCACCCACACCACCACCAUCCCGCAUCAUCAUCACCACCCUCAUCGCCAGCAUCGGCGCACGGUGGCAGCAACGGCGCCGGAGCAACGCCGCCGCCCCAGCCGGCCAUGUCGUUCGAGCAGAUGAUGGCCAAGCUGAGCGAGCUGCUCGCACUGGAACCGAAGUACCAACCGAACCUUUACCUGCCGCAACAAUCAAUCAAUGGCGAAAUCACGAUCGGCACCCGCGACGGAGCCGCUCAUGUGCUGCGCUGCCUGAAGGUUUGGUACGAGCUGCCGAACGAUGUCCUGUUCGCUGCCAUUAACUUGGUUGAUCGCUUCCUGACCAAGAUGAAGGUCCGCCCGAAGCACAUGGCGUGCAUUUCGGUCAGCUCCUUCCAUCUGGCGGUGCAGCAGCUGAGCAUGCCGAUCAUCGACACGGAGGAUUUGGUUGCUAUCUCACAGUGCCGCUGUACGUCGCGAGACCUGGUGCGAAUGGCCGACAUCGUCGCCAACAAGCUUGGCGUCCAGAUGAACCUGGCACCGGUGACGGCCCUUUCGUUCAUCCGGCUGUUCUACUACAUCUUCGAGAACGCCGCGAACGCACUCGGGCUGUCCGAAAUCUUCAAGUCGGCCAUCUCGCUGGCCGAUCUCGAGAUGCGGCUGGAGAUUCUCGCCUGCGACGCCAGCUGCGCCAGCAUUCGUCCGUCCGAGCUCGCGCUCGUGAUGAUCUUCACCCAGAUGGAUGUGUACGUCAGCGCCAACAAGGACAACGGUCUGGUACACCAGCAGAUCCACGAUCUCGUUGACUACGCUAUUCAGCUGCAAAAAUUCUGUCGGAUCCCCGACAGCAGCUUCCUCUACAGCAACAGCAUUGUGACGAAGAUUCUGUCGCUCUACAACGGCCAGCACAAGAUGCCGUACAAGCAGAGGCUGGUGUGGAAACUUUCAUCCCGCACCAUGCGCGUUCUGCGCCCCACUGACAAGUUGACCUCCUACCUGCCAACGAUUGCCGAACAUCACCAAGCCCACGGUCACAUGAACAACAACCUUAGAUUCAGAACGGGUAGUGUAAGCUCCGAGGACGACGGCGAAGAUUGGCCAACGUCACCGAUCGUAGCCGUUUGUGAACAGUUCGUUGACGAGUAAGAGGCCCCUCUGGAGCCGGGAUCGCGAGGGAUUUCGCGAACCCGGGGGGUUAUUACUUCUCCUUCGGUCUACAGCUGGGAGAUGGGAAAAACAACAUAAGGGUUCCUAGAACGUUGUUUCGAACGAAUACAAAAUUCACACAUCACGAUGUACACGAGACCAGCGUGUGUGUGUGUGUGAGGCAGCAAUCUUUGUAUGCCAAGAGGACGAUCACAUAUUAUGGACGUACGAUUCCCCCAGCAAACGGAACGAUCGAGACUGAGAAAGAGACACGUAAAGGACGAGUAUAUUUGCAUGGCUAAUAUUACUACUACCCCUACUGCAUCUAUCAAAAAAACACUACUCUGCUACUUCUAUGUUAUUGAGCACCGAUUUUGUUGAUGUUUGCAACGACCGAAAAGAGAUUGAUUUCCCUUUUGGAAGGCAGCAAGACGGCAGGCGAAUAAUAACAUAGCAUUCUAGUAUUGCAUUGAUCGGUGGCAAAUGGCAAAGACAAUUCGUUGGAAUGGUUUCCAGCAGCUUCGUGUACAUCAUCAUCACGUACGGGAGAGACACCGUGCUCUUCGCGCAAUGUAAACAUCAUCAUAUGGAAACAGCGGACCACCACAUCCCAUUCCCCGCUUAAAGGACGAUCAUCAUCAACGGAGCAGAAAAGCACUUCGAUUGGUAAUGUUAAUUUUAUUUUGUUUUCCUCCCUUUUUUAUUAGUAAAAAAGCUUAUUUCUAACACUUAUUUGAUAAAUAUGUAUCGAGGCGAAGUGUGACAGAAAAUGGGACGACGAGAGCAGUCAGAGAAAACAAAAGAAAAAAGAUAACAGUCUAAUUCGUUGGUUAAGGAUUUAUCAAUCAUCAAUGUAAGGAAGUCGUUGCGCGUGUCGGUGGAAGAAAGGAAGAAGAAAAAGAAGAAGAAGCACAGAAGAGUAACGUAAGGUUUAAGAUUCAAAAAGUAGCUGGAACGAUAACGAACGCGCAGAAACAUAUUGGAACCCCUGUUACAAAUGACAAAACGCCUGUACUUUCGAUGGCGGUCUUAAUUAAUAAUGAAGAGUGUGAACAUAACGGAACAAAGCUGAUUCGCGAAGGGGAAGAAGCACGGAAAAAGCAUACGAAAAAAAAGUCCAAAAAUGAGCAAAAACAAGUACACACACACAAAAAAAAACAUAAAAAUCUCUCAAAAAAGUCACGCAAAAAAGAAAGAUAAAAGGAAAAUCAAAAAAAGUACAAAAUAUACAAAACGGUUAAAAAAAUCCUAGCAGAUAAGUUGUGUAGGGUUUAUCAGAUAUGGCAGACCGACCUCUAAUGGUGUGAGCAUAUUUUGACCGACCAACAACUAUUUACGGUUCAACCACUUUCCGGGAUUGCAAAAGGGAAAGCAGCACAACCAACAGCGCAACACCUUUCAUACAAAAAAAAAAAAAGAAAAAACGGCGCACCAGUUGGUUUUGCUGUUUUGCUGGAAAGUGGGUCUGCCA